CGCAUACUUCGCAUCCCUGUAGAUACGCGGCGAAUUUUACGCACUAGCCGGCUGGUCUGGAGGAAAAAAAACCUUGUCAGUUCUGAAAAAAAAAAACAUCUCAGUUCUUACAGCAAAAUCGUAAAACAGCGUAAAUUGUGACAAUUAACCAUAAUAGAGGUGUUUAAGGGAGGGAGUUGCCGUCAAGGAUAUUUUGUUUUCCUAGCGCAAAAAAAAAGCAUACAAGUCAAGAGGACUUGUUGCAUUUCGGGUUUUCAUUUGGCCCUUUGACAUCUGUUUCUCCCCCUAGUGUGAUCCGGGCCUGGGCAUGGACGAGCGCACCGCCACUAUGGACCCCAGCAGUUGGAGCGGCAGCGAGAGCCCCGCAGACGACAUGGAGAGGAUGAGCGACGGGGCCGAGAAGGGCAUGGACGGGGACCCCGAGGGGGUGUGGAGCCCCGACAUCGACCAGAGCUUCCAGGAGGCGCUGGCUAUCUACCCGCCCUGUGGGCGGAGGAAGAUCAUCCUCUCAGACGAGGGCAAGAUGUACGGUCGCAAUGAGUUGAUAGCGAGAUACAUCAAACUAAGAACGGGAAAGACAAGGACAAGAAAGCAGGUCUCCAGUCACAUUCAGGUUCUUGCCAGACGGAAAUCUCGGGAGUUUCACACCAAGCUAAAGGUCACAUGUAUGGACCAGAGUGUGAAGGACAAGGCACUGCAGAGUAUGGCCUCCAUGUCCUCGGCUCAGAUCGUCUCUGCCACCGCCAUCCACAACAAGCUUGGCCUCCCAGGCUUCCAAAGACCCACCUUCCCUGGGGCGGCAGGGUUUUGGCAGGGUAUGAUAUCCACUGGCCAGCCUGGAUCCUCACAAGACGUUAAGCCAUUUGCCCAGCAGGCCUACCCCAUCCAGACAGCUGUAACGACCACCAUCUCAGCGUACGAGCCUCCCACAGCCCCCACGCCUACAGCCCCAGCCUGGCAGGGCCGCUCCAUCGGGACCACCAAACUCAGACUGGUGGAGUUCUCUGCCUUCCUGGAGCAGCAGAGAGACCCUGACUCUUACAACAAGCACCUGUUUGCCCACAUCGGACAGACUAACUACUCGUACAGCGAUGCCCUACUGGAGGCUGUGGACAUCCGUCAGAUCUACGAUAAGUUCCCAGAGAAGAAGGGAGGACUGAAGGAGCUCUUUGGAAAGGGCCCUCACAACUCCUUUUUCCUGGUCAAGUUCUGGGCUGAUCUGAACUGUAACAUCCAGGAUGACUCUGGGGCUUUCUACGGUGUGACCAGCCAGUAUGAGAGCUCUGAGAACAUGACCAUCACCUGCUCCACCAAGGUGUGCUCCUUCGGCAAGCAGGUGGUUGAGAAGGUGGAGACGGAAUAUGCUCGCUUCGAGAACGGACGCUUUGUCUACAGGAUAAGCCGCUCCCCCAUGUGUGAAUACAUGAUCAACUUCAUCCACAAACUCAAACACCUGCCUGAGAAAUACAUGAUGAACAGUGUCCUGGAGAACUUCACCAUCCUAUUGGUGGUGACCAACAGAGAGACACAGGAGACGCUGCUGUGCAUGGCGUGUGUGUUUGAGGUGUCGAACAGCGACCACGGAGCUCAACAUCACAUCUACCGGCUAGUCAAGGAAUAAGAGACUGAGGCCUAGAUUCAAUCAGAUCGAACGUUAACCGACAUCCACAUAGCAGAUGUUCUGGCGGUGUUGGAGGUGUAACUGCGGUAUGAGCUGAAAUAUCGGUGAGCGGCUGCUCUUGUGUGGCACCAACCCUCCCUUCCUUAAUAUCCCUACCGCGUUGGGAGUUCAAGGAAGUGUAGACUCUAUUGAUGUUAGAAGUAAUGACAUUCAAAUGUCAAACCAUUUGGAUGGGGGGGGAUUUAUACCUUAUCAGUCUAAUUCGAGUGUUUGAACUUGUAACGUGGCUGAAUGAACUUCUAACGUGGCUGCAUGGGAUUUGUCAGAUUAUAGUCGGGUGUGAUUUCGUUUCAUCCAGUGGCGGUGUCCGCAAUAAUAUAACGCAACGAGCCGCUUGUGGAUUGGACAGCUCUCUGCAGUUCCACCUCCUGACACCGCCAAAACAACCGCUAUGUGGAUGUCAAUCUGAUUGAAUCUAGCCCUGACACUCAGUGUAAACAUGCUUCAUUCAGAACUGGGACAAACUAUCACAUAGAUCUCGCUAACCUGAAGGACAUGUAGCUUAUGAAGGAUGGAGGGAAGACAUUGAAGGACAGACCCUGAGUAUUGUCAGGGUUGUGGGGGAGGACACGAGGGAACCGCCCAGUGAAACACACCUUCAGAAUGACUUACUUGACAACCUUAUGGAAAGUGGCUGUGCCUCUACACAAAUCCCACCCACAAUGUCCUUUGGUUACAUUGUGGGUGAAGUCUAUCUCGGAUAAUAUUAUCAUUAUAUUUUUGUCUUUUUAAUGUAUAUUUGUAUGAGUGCAGCUGUCAAUCUGUGGUAUAGUUGUGUCAUGUGCCAUUUUUCCAGACUAGUUCAGGUCUGUAGUGUAGAAAGUGUACAUAUGAAGGGGCAUUGCGUAACAUAGGGAGAUGUUCUGUGGAUUACAUUUGGAAACUACUAUCAGUUUCCAGCUUUUUAUACUGUAGUCAUCACCAAUGUCAACCAAUUACAGAUCAUAAUAGCCUUUCUUAAUGAGAUAAAUAGAAAAACUAUACAAACAGUUACUACAUACACUAUAUAUACAAAUGUACGUAGACACCCCAUCAAAUUAGUGGAUUUGGCUAUUUCAGCCACACCCGUUGCCGACAGGUGUAUAAAAUCGAGCCCACCACCAUGCAAUCUCCAUAGACAAACAUUAGCAGUAGAAUGGCCUUACCGAAGAGCUCAGUGACUUUCAACGUGGCACCGUCAUA